AUGGGAUACACCAAUGCUGGUCCCCUGGUUGGGAAUAUCUGUGUAGUGUACGGCGGGUUCCUCAGUAAUGGGUCCAUUUUGUAUUACACAAAACGGAACAAGGACUACCACGAGCCCGAGAUGCGGUUGUACAUCCUACGUCUUCCGGCUGUUUUUAUGUGCGCCGUUUGUACUAAUACCCAUUUCUUGAUCACCGGUGACGCUUUCACUGUUGUGGCGCUCAUGCGCAACGCAGUCAGUAUCGCAAUUCCAUUCGCGACCACCCCAUGGAUCCAGUGCAAUGGUAUCCAGAAUAUGUUCAUGGAGUGUGGAAUGAUGAGUUUAGCCAUUAGUGGCAUGAUCAUCCCAAUGGUGAUUUGGGGGAAGUCUACUCGGCGCGCAUUGACAAAGCGGUAUCUUGAUAUCGUGGAGCGUGGCCAUGCUGUUUGA